AUGAAGCUCAAGAGCCUCCUGCUCCGUUAUUACCCGCCAGGAAUUAUGUUGGAAUAUGAGAAAAGUGGAGAAUUGAAGACCAAAUCCAUAGAUUUACUUGAUCUCAGUCCCAGUACUGAUGUCAGUGCCCUGCUAGAAGAAAUACAGAGAGCAGAGCCUCUAAUCACAGCUUCACGAUCACAUCAGGUGGAACUUUUAAUACAGAGACUGCAGGAUAAGCUCAGACAGCACAGCGACCACAAGUUCGAACUUUUCAAGGUUCUCAGAGCACAUAUACUGCCAUUGACUAAUGUUGCACUGAAUAAAUCAGGCUCUUGCUUUAUCACAGGAAGCUAUGACCGAACCUGUAAAGUCUGGGACACUGAAUCUGGAAAGGAACUUCUCACCCUCGACGGCCACAGGAACGUGGUGUAUGCCAUCGCAUUCAACAACCCUUACGGUGACAAAAUUGCCACUGGGUCCUUUGAUAAGACUUGUAAACUGUGGAGUGUAGAAACGGGAAAAUGUUACCAUACCUUUAGGGGUCAUACAGCAGAAAUAGUGUGUUUAUCAUUCAAUCCUCAAAGCACAUUGGUGGCUACGGGAAGUAUGGACACAAUGGCCAAACUGUGGGACAUUCAGAACGGAGAGGAAGUAUUCACUUUAACUGGACAUUCAGCUGAAAUCAUCUCCUUGUCCUUUAACACUUCAGGAGACAGAAUCAUCACGGGGUCUUUUGAUCAUACAGCUGUAGUGUGGGACACUGUGACUGGCAGGAAGGUGUGCAACCUAAUUGGGCAUUGUGCAGAGAUUAGCAGUGCCUUAUUCAACUGGGAUUGCUCUAUGAUAUUGACUGGCUCUAUGGACAAAACCUGCAUGUUGUGGGAUGCUACAAGUGGAAAAUGUAUGGCGACAUUAACAGGCCAUGAUGAUGAAAUACUAGACUGCUGUUUUGAUUACACUGGAAAGCUUAUUGCAACUGCUUCAGCUGAUGGAACAGCAAGAGUUUUCAGUGCAGCCACCAGAAAAUGCAUUACUAAGUUGGAAGGUCAUGAAGGUGAGAUUUCAAAGAUUUCUUUCAACCCCCAAGGAAACCGUAUUCUAACAGGAAGCUCUGACAAAACGGCGAGAAUCUGGGAUGCUCAGACUGGCCAGUGCCUCCAGGUGCUCCGGGGGCACACGGAUGAAAUCUUCUCAUGCGCUUUCAACUACAAAGGCAACAUAAUCAUCACAGGCAGCAAGGACAAUACCUGUAGGAUCUGGCACUGA